AAAGCAUAGAAUUGAUUUAAAUAUUUUAUAUGAUCAUGACCCUAAAUCAUUCUUGAAUAAUGUUGAAUUAUUUGUUAAUCAAGUCGAAAAGGUUGAAUAUUUAAAUUUAUUUUUAUCAAGUUUAAGAAAUGAGGACGUGGUUAUAACUAUGUACCCUAAAGUUAUUUUAGGUCCAAAAUAUGGGUCAUCUGAUGAUAAUACGGGAUUGCAAGAUGUGUCAACAAAAGUUAAUAUUGUAUGUGAUUCAGUUCGUGGAAUUUUAGAAUCUAAGAACUCUACAAAAUAUCUUCAAUCAAUAAUAACAACUUUUGUCAAAAAAUCUCCACCAGAAUUAGAAGCUGCAUUAAAUUUCUUGGCCAAAUUAAAAGAAGAUGCUGUAAAAUACGCAAUAUUUUUAGUAGACGCAGAUAAACUAUUUGAUAUUGCAUUGGGAAUGUACGACUUUAGUUUGGUGCUUCUAGUUGCUCAACAAUCCCAAAAAGAUCCAAGAGAAUAUUUAUCAUUUUUGGCCGAACUUGAAAGUUAUCCAAAAUAUUAUCAAAGAUUUAAGAUUGAUGAUCAUCUUAAUAGAUAUGAAAAGGCUUUAAAUAAUUUAAGUUUAGCAGGCGAUGAAUAUUUUGAUCAAUGUUUGAAAUAUCUUCAAGAGUAUCAACUUUAUAAACCAGCCAUUGCUCUCUUUGCUAAUAAUGAUGAAAAAUACAAAUCUAAUUUCAAAGAAGCUGGAUUAGCAUACGUUAUGGCUGGAAAUAAACCGAAAGCGCUUGAACCUUAUAAAGAAUCGGGAAUGUGGCGUGAGGCAUUUGCUAUCGCUCAAGAAUUAAAGUAUUCAUCAGAUGAUUUGUUCUUAUUGGCCAAAGAACUUUCCGAAACUUUGUCUGAUAAAAGACAGUAUCAAGAAGCUGCUCAAAUAUUAUUGGAUUACACAAGGCAACCUGAAGAGGCUGUCGUAUUACUUAACAAGGGUCAUCAUUGGAGUGAAGCCAUACGAAUUUCUUACAUGUACGGCAGAUCAGAUCUUAUUGAAACGAACGUUAAACCAAGCGAUAUUAAUUCUAUGUUUGACCAGUUAAAUCAGCAAACUGCACGAUUACAAGAGAUCC